AUGAUUUUUAAUAUAACUUCCACCUCCAGCACUUACAAGGCGUUCAUUGUCGUUAGUCUUGUAAGUGCUGGAGGUAGAAGUUGUAUUAAUGUCCCACUUUGUGAUAAUGGUCACUAUGACGAUUGUGACGAUAUAAUCAAUUCAAUUGUUUGCCUGUCUGACUCGAUAACUACUGAAAACCAAAAGGAUCUAACUACAUUCUAUAAGAACAUUAUAAAAGCAAAAUUGAUUGAAGCAAAAUUUCUCACGUUGCUCAAGUUGUUGUUAGUCAUUAUGAUGAAUAUCUGCUAA